AUGAAUUCAUUUUGUGUUCGCAACCUCUUUUUGAUCUGUAAACAAAAAAGGCAACACUACUCUUUUUCCUUGUUCCAGGUACACCAAUACUGCUAUAUCAUGUCGGUAACUUCAGACGAGUCUGAUUACCUUUCUGAGGGGUCAAGUUAUAAUGAAGAGUUUAGCUCUGGAAAGGUUCAAAAGCAAAAGCAAAAGAAACAGCCACUAACAGACACGUCUUUAAACUCAUCUAGUAACGCGUCAACCAUCUCAACCGGAAAACCAUCCAAUGCUUCCGAAACUUAUCAAAAGCUUUCUCAGUUAGAGCAUAUUCUAAAAAGGCCGGAUACUUAUGUCGGUUCAGUUGAAAAAACCAAAAUGGAAAUGUGGUGUUUUGAUGCUGAGUCUGAAUCUAUGAAAUUUCAGGAAGUCACAAUUGUUCCAGGUCUUUACAAGAUUUUUGAUGAAAUCUUGGUGAAUGCCGCUGAUAAUAAAAUUAGAGACCCUUCUAUGAAGAAUAUCAAGGUGAGAAUUGAUCCUGAAAAUAACAUCAUUCAAGUUUUUAACGAUGGUAAAGGUAUUCCCGUGGAAAUGCACACAAAGGAAAAAAUGUACAUUCCUGAGUUGAUCUUUGGUAACUUGUUGACAUCGUCUAAUUAUGAUGAUGAUCAAAAAAAAGUUACUGGUGGUAGAAAUGGGUUCGGUGCUAAAUUGUGUAACAUCUUUUCCACUCAAUUUGAAAUUGAAACGGCCGACUUGAAUACCGGUAAACUAUACAAACAGACUUGGACAGAUAAUAUGACAAAGGUUGGUAAGCCGAAAAUUACAGCCUUGAAAACGAAGAAAGAGUACACCAAGAUCACAUUUAAACCAGACUUGAGUAAAUUCGAUAUGGAUAGCUUGGAUGAAGAUUUGUUAUCGGUUUUGCGAAGAAGAGUAUAUGAUCUUUGCGGUACUGUCAAGAACUGUAACAUUUAUCUCAAUGAUAAAAGGUUACCGGUUACAAGUUUUAAAAGUUAUGUUGAGAUGUAUGUUAAAGCAAUCAAGGAAAGAUCUCCUGAACCUGAAGGAGAAGGUGCUCCCAAGAAUUACACCACAAUCGUGCAUGAAGUAUUCAAUGACCGAUGGGAAGUGGCCUUUGCGGUUAGUGAUGGUACAUUCAACCAAGUCAGUUUUGUCAACUCCAUUGCGACAACUGCCGGUGGUACCCAUGUCAAGUAUGUCUCUGAUCAAAUCAUAUCAAAAUUGGUUGAAACAUUGUCAAAAAAGGAAAAAGGUAAGAAAAAGUUGAUGAUCAAGCCAAAUGAAGUUAGAGACAACAUGUUUAUCUUUAUCAACUGUCUCAUUGAGAAUCCUGCAUUCACGUCGCAAACUAAAGAACAACUCACAACAAAAGUAUCUCAAUUUGGAGGUAAAGAAAAAUUUGUCGCUUCUGACAACUUAAUCAGCCGUGUAUUAAGGACUGGGAUAGCUGAAAAGAUCCGUGAUAUUGCCAAUGCCAACGAGGAUAAAGCAUUGCAAAAAGUGGAUGGAAGUAGGAAACUGCGUAUCAAAGGUCAGGUCAAUUUAGUAGACGCAAAUAAAGCAGGUACAAAAGAUGGAACAAAAUGUACGUUAAUUCUUACAGAAGGAUUGUCAGCUUUGAACUUGGCUGUUGCUGGGCUCACAGUUAUUGGAAGGGAUUACUAUGGUUGUUUCCCCUUGAGAGGUAAAUUGUUGAACGUUCGUGAAGCUUCGGCAGAUCAAAUUGCAAAGAAUGCAGAAAUCAACUCAUUGAAACAGAUCAUUGGUCUUCAGCAUAAAAAGGCAUACACGGCAGAAAACAUUAAAUCGUUGAGGUAUGGGCAUAUCAUGAUUAUGACAGAUCAAGACCAAGAUGGUUCGCAUAUUAAAGGGUUGAUUAUCAACUUUUUAGAAACAUCAUUUCCUGGUUUGCUUGACAUUCCAGGGUUUUUGCUUGAAUUUAUUACCCCUAUUGUUAAAGUGACAGUCAAGGGUCGUGGGGCAAAGAAAGUGAUUCCGUUUUAUAGCAUGCCCGAGUUUGAAGCAUGGAGAGAUGGCGAAGGUCAAACAUGCCGCUGGACUCAGAAAUACUACAAGGGUUUGGGUACUUCAACCCCCAUGGAAGCAAGAGAAUAUUUUACGGCUUUGGAUAGACAUUUGAAAAGAUUCCACGCAUUGCAGGGUGAAGAUAGUAAUUACAUCGAUUUAGCCUUUUCCAAAAAGAAAGCUGAUGAAAGAAAGGAGUGGUUGCAAAACUUUGUUCCUGGAAAUCAAUUAGAUCCCGAAUUGAAUGAGAUUCCCAUAAGUGAAUUUAUCAACAAGGAAUUGAUAUUGUUUUCCAUGUCUGAUAAUAUCAGAUCCAUUCCAUCUGUGCUCGAUGGUUUGAAGCCAGGUCAAAGAAAGGUUUUGUUUGGUUGUUUCAAGAGAAAUUUGAAAAGUGAAAUCAAAGUGGCGCAAUUGGCAGCAUAUGUAAGUGAAAACACAGGAUACCAUCAUGGUGAAGUCUCGUUAGUGCAAACAAUCAUUGGUUUGGCACAAAACUUUGUCGGAUCAAACAACAUCAACAUUUUGAAGCCAAAUGGUGCUUUCGGUUCAAGAGCGACUGGUGGUAAAGACGCUGCUGCUGCGAGAUAUAUCUUUACAGAAUUGAAUGAUAUUACUAAAGCGAUUUUCAAUCCAUUAGAUAACCCAAUUUACACCUAUGUCCAAGAUGAUGAGCAAACUGUUGAACCACAGUGGUAUUUACCAGUUUUGCCAAUGAUUUUGGUCAAUGGAGCAGAAGGAAUUGGAACUGGUUGGUCAACUAACAUCCCAUCUUUUGAUCCAAAGGAUAUUGUAGUCAACUUGAGGAGGCUCAUGAAUAACGAGCCUUUGGAAGAGAUGACACCUUGGUACAAAGGAUGGGGAGGUUUUAUUGAACCAAUGGGACAGCAAAAGUAUAAGAUUAGUGGUAGAAUCGAGCAGAUCGAUAACAAUACAGUUGAGAUUACUGAAAUCCCAGUCAAAACUUGGACCAACACCGUUAAGGAAUUCUUGUUGGCUGGGUUUGGAAAUGAGAAAACUCCAGCGUGGAUCAAGGAUAUGGAAGAGCAUCAUACAACAAAUAUUAGGUUUAUUGUUAAAUUGAACGAUGCGGAAAUGGAAAAGGCAUUGAAAGUUGGUUUGUUGGAGAAAUUUAAGUUGACCUCGUCGGUAAGCUUGGCCAAUAUGGUAGCUUUUGAUCCAUACGGCAGAAUUAAGAAAUACAAUGAUGUAUUUGAAAUCUUGAAAGACUUUUACUAUGUCCGUUUAGAAUACUAUGAAAAGAGAAAGAAUCAUAUGCUUGAGAUGUUGCAGCGUAAACUAUUGAUGAUUUCAGAACAAGCCAGAUUUGUGAAAAUGAUUAUUGAGAAGGAAUUGUCUGUGGCAAAUAAAAAGAAAAAAGACUUGAUUGAGUUGCUUGAGCAACAUGAAUUUACAAAGUUUACUAAGGAUGGUAAACCAGUGGAAUCAAAGAGCUCUGAUGUGUUUAUUGAUGAAAAUGACUCCGAAGAGGAAAUUGAAAAUGAAGGCGAUGUUUCUGCUUUGAAUUUGAAGAAGUCAGAUGAUCGUGUUGAAGGUGAGCAUAAACCAGAUACCAUCUUUUCAUCAUACGACUAUUUGUUGGGAAUGACAAUUUGGUCUUUGACUCAUGAACGUUAUGUUAAGCUAUUGAAUGAAAAGUCCAAUUUGCAAAAGGAGUUGGAAAUAUUAAUUGGUAAAUCUGCUGUUAAUUUAUGGAAUCACGAUUUGGAUGAAUUCAUGAAGGAGUAUGAACUAUUCCUAGCUAAGGAUGCCGAAGAAAGAGAGCAUUUGUCAAGUAGUGGAAACAAGAAGAAAACUACAAGAAAAAGAAAAGCGGUUAAAUCUGAAGCGGAACCAGCAAAGAAGGUGAAGGUCGAACGAGAGACUCAAGCCACACCAAAAGGUGUGUCAAAAACUUGUACCAUGCAGGCAAAGCCAAAGUCUGCUAGUAUAGAACCAGUUUCUACCCCAUCAACCUCAUCAACACCUGCACCAAAAGAAGUCACAGUCAAAAAGGAACCAAAUGAUAUUCUUUCAUUCUUUUCACCUUCAAACAAAUCCAAAACAAAGUCGGGUGAUAAACCUGCGAUAUCGGAAAAGCCAUCGAAACCUAUUGCUAGUUCGAUCUUUGAUUCAGAUGAUGACAUUUUCGAAGUCAGCGGCAAAUCGUCUGAGAAAUCAAACCCCAAGCCGAAGCAAAGCAUUUUGGACGAAUUGGACGAAUUGGAAGUUUUAGGCGACAAACCACAGGUUUUGGAAAGUAGGUCACGUUCGACAAGACCAGUAAGGGCGAAAAUAACAAGUGUUUUCAGUGAUGAUGAGAGUGACAAUGCCAUAGAGGAUGAUCCAGGUGAAGUGGUUGAAACUGAUGACGAUGAUGACUACGAUGAUGAGUAA